ACCACGGUCAAACUGAGCUUUAUCUUUCGCAGCGGGUCAUUUAAUAAGAGCCAUUUGGAGCCAGAGGCGACUCGGAGCGCGCAGGGAGCCGCAAGCCAGAGGCAAGAUCAUCAAUAUAUGAGCAGAGCGUCCCAGUCAGAGGCCAGCAGCAGGCAGAGAGCACAUUGCUCCACACAGGGAAGAGAGACAGCACAGACACGGAAGAGAAGUGAGUGAAGAGGCUGAGUGAGGCACGGACGGCACAGCUCCAACUUUUACGCGUGAAGAGGAGAAAAAAAGAGUGACUUUAAAAAAAAGUGAGAGUCAAGUGGCCGGAGAGUGUCGGUUGAAGAUGCCGCGGGUAGUCCCGGACCAGAGGAGCAAGUUUGAGAAUGAGGAGUUUUUCCGCAAGUUGAGCAGGGAGUGUGAGAUUAAGUACACUGGGUUCAGAGACCGGCCCCAUGAGGAGAGACAAGCUCGCUUCCAGAACGCCUGCAGGGACGGACGGUCAGAAGUAGCCUUUGUAGCAACUGGCACCAACCUCUCGCUCCAGUUUUUUCCCGCCAAUCUCCACGGCGACCAGAGGCAGGUUCCUACAAGGGAUUACGUCGACUUUGAAAGAGAGACAGGAAAGGUCUAUUUAAAGGCGCCUAUGAUCUUGAAUGGCGUGUGUGUGAUCUGGAGAGGCUGGAUCGACCUGCAGAGGCUGGAUGGGAUGGGCUAUCUGGAGUAUGACGAUGAGAGGGCGCAGCAUGAGGACGCUCUGGCCCAGGCGGCGUUCGAAGAGGCUCGACGCAGAACCAGAGACUUUGAGGACAGAGACCGAUCACACAGAGAGGAUCUAGAGUCCAGACGACAGCAGGACCCCAGCCCUGGCUCAAACAUGGCCAACGCUGACGUGGAACACAAGAUGCGCUGAAGGAGGACGAGGAAGAGGAGGAACACCAGAGCCGGCAGGCCGUUUGCUUUCAACACAAUCAACAGAAAAACGUCAAGCCAAACCGCAAUUGUAGACCAACUGUUCCCCAUUAGCUCCUAACAGGUUUAAUAUGAUCAUUUCCACAUGCCAAACUUUUUUUUUUUUCCAAUAUUUGAAUGUAGAAGAAAAUAAACGUCCUGAAUUGAUUGAAUUGAAAGUGAAUAGAAGCUGUGGAAAAGAAGGAUAAAGGACACAGAAGACCUGGACAAAAAGCAGACGGAUAUAUUUAAAGGCAGGAUGGAGCAUGAGCAGUUGCAUGAUAUGCUAAACGUCCAGAGUUGUUGUUUUGUUUUUAAGUCAAAUGACAGCUUCAUAUCUAUAAAGGAAAGAUCCAGCCAUCCCUACUCAAAAGCUCUGAUGUUUUUUGUCCAGGUCUAAAAGGAUUUGAUGGAUAGGGGGUAGUUUCAAGUUCCAGAAUAUAUUUUCUAUUAAUACAAGAUGUUGAAAAUAGAGGCAGAAGGGUUGUAAAGGGGUGUAGAUGUCACUCAUAGAGGGAGGAGGAGGUGGAGAGGCAGAAACUAGAAGGAGCAGAUAAAAGAGAGAUCAUUGUGGCUCAGGGUCACGGGCAGGGCUUACCAGCAGAGCAGGCUGCAAACGUCAAGUGUUGACAGUUUGUGGGAAACAGAGUUGUGCAUUGUGCCCGUUGUGCAACACUUCACAUUUGCUAACGUGCUCUUUGUUAACCCCUGCUAUACCAAGCUCACUUCCUGAAACCUGCUGUUUUCUGAGACCAAAGUUCACUUUGCUGGAGAGGGGAGGGAGGGAAUCAAAGAGGAGGGACAAACUUUAGUUGCAUUUAUAAGCGGAAAGCACCCAGAGAGAAUUAUUCACCAGGUUGACAAGUGUUUGCUGUUCUUAUCAGUUUGUAAUUCUCUCUUCAAACACAUGAGACAGCCGCUACAGUAGAAUCACAGCUUGUGUAGCAACAAACCCAAAGAUGGGACAUUUCCUACGUCUUUGGCUCUGGAAGGGGAAUGAUGGGGCGGGGCUUUAUUCUAAUUGUCUUCCGAGGGGUUCUGCACUAUGUGAAACAAUCAGUCUUGGAUUUUUCUUCAUGCAUGAAACCAAACCUUUGUCCUUUGUUGCUCCCUGUGCAGCCUUUACAGCGCUUGGAUGAGGGAUAACUGGCUUCAUCAAAGCUAUCGCUUCUGUGUCCUUAAAGGACAUUUCCAUGUUUCAGAUUUUUCCUAAUGUCAAUUUAAGGAUGCAUUUGAGCAGAAAAAUGCACCUAUGAUGAUUUUAAGCGUUGCUCUCUUAAUGUUUAACGUCUGCGCACAUCUGAGCAAAAAAAUCAAACGUACUUUAGCUUUUAGCGGCAACGAAAACCAAAAAAACAUGCCUCGACAAUUGGAGACUUUUUCAUUUUUACAUCUUCCUUAGUGGGUUAGGAAGAUGUCCUAUUUCAUGAGUUAAAUAACACAUUCAAAAGCAAGUCGAUGUUCUGGUAAAUGCAUCGCUGCAAAGCUGAAAACAGGAUGUUUUCUAUUAGCUUGUAUAAAGUGAAUAUUGUGGAGACUUCCUGCUAAUAUUCACAUAGAAAUCAGCUAAUUUACGAGCAAAGAAGCCAAAAAGAGAAGUUUGUAUUGCCGUAAACAUGAAUAAUGGAUCCUCUCAUAGCAGGCUGCAGCGCCGAUGGCACAGAUCCGGUUCAGUCCUAGAACCCGUCCAUCGACCCGUCGGUUGCCCAGAUGUCCUCCUCAUUCAAGGCUGUAAACGGCGCCCAUGCCUGUCCUGCUACAGCACUCGUGUGAUGAAACGCUCUUCUGUUACCUUUUCAUUGUGUUUGUGUGAAAGUCAUGAUGUUUACUUUUUAUAUUACUUCUUCACUUCUGUACAUGUAUUCGUUUUGUUCAUCUUUCAGCUUCGUUAUGAACCAGCGGCAGCGGCUUUAUUUCAUGAAAAGUUGAGUUGAGAAGUAUAAAAAUGUCUCCAGAACUUCGGGAGGUUUGCAGACUUUUGUUGCUUUUAUUGUUCAUGUGCUCUUUUAUUGAUGUUAUUUCUAAGUUUUUGUAGGAAAUCCACUUCCUGGGUUAUUGCUAUAAUACAUGAAUGUGGAUUGGCUCCAGCCCUGUUGUCAGGCAACGUAAAUGUUUUUAUAUUUUGCAACUAGAAGCUUAUUUCAUUUUCCAGUGUGUUUUCUAUUUAGUGCACUCAACGGUUUUAUUAUAAUUAUUAUAACCAAGAAAAACCUUUUGUUCAUGCCUUUCUUUCCUCUCAGUCUGACUUAUUAAGAAUUGUAUGGAGCUCAACAUAAAAUGCGAAAACUGAUUUGUUUUAUUUUUUGUACAUCGAUAGCCGUGCGUUUGUAACCGUUUACAAGAAGUUUUGCAGUAAAGAAAUGUUGUUGCUAGUUUAAAUUAAAAUAAAAAGUGAAAAAAAGAAUGAAAACUCAGAACGUAGGAUGCAAACAAUCUAAAAGGCUCUUUUCUUAAUCGAAAUGCAACUUCUGGUUUUCCUGGCAAACUAAAGCCAAAUCAACAAAACACGUUGGUCCUGACAUUUGGACACGACACGGGAGGCGUCAUUGGAUUAAUGUACGUUCUCAUGGCAACCUCGUUACAUACAGAAAUUUGGGAGACUUUGGAGAAAAGCUUUUCAGAUCAGUCAGCUGGCCUUGUGACUCAGUGCUCAUUAGGAUGAGAAUGUGGAACGCAGGCUUUCUUUUGCACUGCACAAAGUGGGGGAUUUAUGCAGCGUGGCCUCAGUUUGGUGCUGUUAGGUUGGAAAGUUCAGCAGAUGCGACACAGUGGCAUUAAAUAGUUAGAAAGAGGUGAUUGGUAGAGGGACUGAGGGAGCAUGUAAUGUUGGUUACAGCUGUUCUACCUUCACAGGAGCAGUGGUGAGGAUGUUAUCAUGAGGCUGGAUGCAGGAUAGGAAUGUGUAAUGCCUCCUGCGGAUAUAGAUGGUGCCACGAGUUACAUCUUCAUUUCUGGUUUAGUGGAAACGGACAGUGUUGGAUAUGAAUCAGUACAAGAACAGGCAAGACAGUGAAGCUGUUUAGGCAUUACGACACGAAGACGAUAAGUGAAGCUUUUCAGCCUUAAAAUGACUGCAGUUCAUCCUCUAAACGUGGGGAAGUACAUCUUUAUCGAUUUAAACACUAUGCUCAAGUGAAGAACCACCACCAUGGGUUUGACUGUAAAUGACAAACUGACUAACGUGUAACGAGAACGUGACCACAGUGUCGCUCAGCCAGUGUGGAUUCUCACCAGUUGUACCCAUUUAUACCCAUUUCAACACCUUACAUGAAGUCCAUCCCUCACUUUUCUUAAUGCAGGCAUUAAGGCAAACCAUAAACCAUGAACAUUUUCUUUCUUCUUCUUUUUUUAAACCGAAGCUGUUUGUCUUCUUAUUUGUUUAAGUUAUUUAUACGUAGUGGCCUGUGCUCUCUGAGUUCUUCCUCCCUGUGUGGUCUGUCUCUGUUUUCAGUCUGUCCUCUCGGAGGAAUCUGAAAUUUGAGAUAUUCGAUUCAAAAUGUUUUUCAUAAUAAACAUGUAUUAAUUCUUGUA